AUGAACGGUUGGGUCGUCCUCUUCUCCCUGGUGCUGGUGGGCGGCUUUAUCGCUGUCGGGGCGCUUCAACGGCCGGCGGCUCCGAGGACCAACCCUAUCGACGUGUCUCACAUCGCCCCAACGGUCGGUCAGGACAUCAAGGUGGUGAUGGCGAUGGGCGACAGCAUGACGGCCGGGUUCGCCAUUAUGGGCCGUAGCACCAUUUCGCUCCUGGACGAGUGGCGAGGGCUCAGCGGCUUCGUGGGCGGCGACCCGGGCGCAAUCACGCUGCCCAACUUUUUCCAGCACUACAGCCCCGACGUGAUCGGCGCCUCGGUCGGCGCUCAUUUCCUCGAGUGGGCCGGAUGGGACCACCACCCCGAGCAGGACAGGCUCAACGCCGCCCAGAGCAACGCCGGAGCGAUCGACCUGCAGAGCCAGCUCGAUUACCUGCUGGCCCAGAUCGCCGCCAACCCGAAGAUCGAUAUGGCCAACGACUGGAAGUUCCUCAACCUCAUCAUCGGUGCCAACGAUGUGUGCGGCCUCUGCUUCAACAAGGAGCUCCCUCCUAUUUCGAGUGUCGGCGACUACUAUGAGCGGAAUCUGCGAAAUGUGAUCCAGAUGGCGAGCCUCAAGAUUCCUCGUCUGUUCUUCAACAUUCUGCCCAUGUUCAACGUUUCUCAGGUCUACUGGAUCUCACAGAGCAGCUCUUACUGCGCGAAUGUCCACAACGUUUUCCCCUUUGAGUGCAUCUGUGCCUUCGACUCCAACCAGCAGAAGCGGACCUACAUUGAUUCGAUUCUGGUGGAGUUCAACAAGCGUAUCUACAAGAUCGCCGCGGACUGGAAGGCCAGACCAUCGCAGACGUUCGCUGUCCAGAUCCAGCCGUUCACGGCCAACUUGAUCAUUCCCGACACGAGCUACCUGUCCACCCUCGAUUGCUUCCAUCCCUCUCUGCUGGCCCACCAGAAGUUCGCCAUCUCCAUUUGGAACAGUCUUGUUACGCCGUGGGCCAAGAAGAAGCAGUUUUUCAACCCCAACGAUGCUCUUCUGUGCCCCGACGCCAACACUCUCCUGUACACGGACUGA